GCGAGAGACAAAAGCUCGGACGCGGAAGAAGAAAGCAUAGCAAGUUACAAAAUCAAUGGCGUCGUCGUCAGCUCUUCGGGAGCUUCAGCGCGAAUUGGAGGCCAAAGCUAACGAUCUCAGCAAAAUCCAAAAAGAUAUUUCAAAGAACCACCAAGUGAGGAAGAAGUACACUAUACAGCUCGGCGAGAACGAGCUCGUCCUCAAGGAAUUGGAUCUCCUCAGCGAAGACGCCAAUGUUUUCAAGUUGAUAGGUCCGGUUCUUGUGAAGCAGGAUUUGGCAGAGGCUAGGGCCAAUGUGCGAAAGAGAAUCGAAUACAUCUCAGCGGAACUGAAGCGUCUGGAUACUACUCUUCAAGAUUUGGAAGAGAAGCAAAAUAGCAAGAAAGAAACGAUUUUAAAAUUACAGCAGAGGGCUCAAGCACUCCAGGCUGGAAAAGCGAAGGCAUAAUCGUCGUAGUUGGGUUUCGUUCGUCAGAUGUAUUCUAAGAGUUUCUGUUGAUGUUUCGUUCUUGUUUGUUCAAAGAUACAGUGCCAAUCAUAAACGCUUUUUCGUUCUUGUUUGUUCUCAAUUGGUUUACCUGUGUCAUACACAUGUAUGGAUGCAGUGGUGGAUCCAGGGGUCACAUGUAAAAGUCCACAAACAUUUCUUAGACACAUAAUAACCAUAAAAAUUAAAUCAUA